AGUUCGGAAUGUGGAUGACACGCGGAUAUCGUACCUCCUCGACCUCUGUGCCUGUUCGUUCAGUGGGAAAGAGCUGGACUCGACUGUGACUGUACUGCACUGCACUGGUGUUAGCUGUUUUUUGUUGUUGUUUGAGAUCAGAGACGUUGACUACUUGCAAUCAUGAGUGAAGUAGACAGUAAACCGUUUUCCUCCAAAUAUGACAUCAAAGAAGAGCUUGGAAAAGGUGCAUUCAGUAUUGUCAAGAAAGCGGUACAGAAAGACACAAAAGAUGAGUUUGCUGUCAAGAUCAUCAACACACGGAAACUAACCUCACGAGACGUGCAGAAGCUGGAGAGAGAGGUCAGAGUCUGCCGGCUGCUCAAGCAUGAAAACAUUGUUCAACUGCACCAAGUAUUUCAAGAGCAUGACGUACGCUACAUGGUAUUUGACCUCAUCACCGGGGGGGAACUAUUCGAUGAUAUUGUUGCUAGGGAGUUCUACUCAGAGAAGGACGCCUCUCAUUGCAUCCAGCAGAUCCUGGAGAGUGUCCAAUAUUGCCAUGAGAAUCGUAUCAUACAUCGUGACAUCAAGCCUGAGAACCUCCUGCUGGCUAGUCGUACUCCCGGAGCUAAUGUGAAACUUGCUGACUUUGGACUGGCAGUGGAGGCCAUGGACGCACGUCACUAUUACGGUUUUGCGGGCACACCCGGCUACUUGUCCCCUGAAGUGCUUCGUAAGGAGCCUUACUCGUACCCAGUGGAUACGUGGGCGUGUGGCGUCGUGCUCUACAUCCUAUUGGUCGGUUACCCGCCAUUCUGGGACGACAAUCAGGCCAAGAUGUUUGAGCAAAUCAAAAAGGGCCGUUUUGAUUACCCUGCUCCUGAGUGGGACACAGUGACUUCCUCGGCUAAGGACCUCAUCAACAAGAUGAUGACGGGCGACCAAUUAAAACGCAUCACUGCAAACGAAGCCCUACAACAUCCCUGGAUCAAGAACCGUGACAAGGAAGCGUCCAAGGUUCACCGUCAAGAGACCAUCACUGUCCUCAGGAAGUUCAAUGCUCGCAGGAAACUCAAGGCAGCUGCUCACACUGUCUUCCUGGUCACCAAGAGGUCGUCAACCUUCUUCAGCUCCAGGGCUAACAAGCCGACCACUCCGGCAGAGGUCACAGUACAGGAGGAGGACUCAGGUUCUCACACGGCAGAGGAGAAGGAGAUAGUUCAGGUCACACAACGUCUCAUCAACUCCAUUGCUGACAAAGACUACAAAGAAUACUCGAAGCUGUGUACUGAAGACAUGACGUGCUUUGAACCUGAAGCAUGCGCUCAACUUGUCACUGGGAUGGAGUUUCACAAGUUCUACUUUGACCAUUUGCCUGCGUCCCCCUCUGCCAUACAACAGUCCAUGAUCACACCCAAGGUUCAGAUGUUGGGAGACUCAGGCGCUUAUUGUGCGUACAUCCGCCUCAUCCAAACAGUCAACAAGGAAGGCGUGGCUCACUCAGUGAGUAUUCCAGAGACCAGGAUCUGGCAGAAAUUUGGAGGUGAUUGGAAGUGUGUUCAUUCUCAUCGCUCGGCUGGUGGGGCCAAUCCAGCGAGGUCACCUGACACCCCUAGCGACCAGUAGUUAUCAUGACAACUUGAUAAAGGAUAUUUUAGUAAUGUGUGAUUUUGUUGUGCUUAAUUUUACGUAGUUUCAGUUUUGAAAUAGUUUUUUGUGAUACCGUAUAGCGGGUUAUUUUCGUAUGGUGGAGAUGUUCGUAUUGUGAGCAUCAUAAAAUAA